AUGAACGUACCGCAAGCUGCUAAUGUUACACCCAACGAAGUGCUCCAUUACAUUCGCAAUAAUUACAUGAUCGUCCCAGCUUCUAAUCCGCCACUACCGAUGCAAACAAGGCCAAAUGUUAGACCAGCUAGUAGACGCACGAGGGACAUGAGUACCCCUGUGGCGAACACAGUACGUAACUCCAAGUGCCCUUUUACGUAUGAGGUGCAGAAAAAUCUCAAUAUGGUACCUCUAUUUGUAAAUUAUGCUCGUUGUGACGGCUGCGAUACGAGAUGCAAACCGGUGACAUUUACUCAUCAGUUGCUGUCUCGUCAUCAUCAUUGCAAUAAAGUUUGGGUAUGGACCCAAAGGACCUUACCAAUUGCCUUUGUCUGGGUUGACAAAGAGUGA